AUCUUUUGGUAAAGCCCCCUGUACCCCCCUCAGUGGCGCCUAAGGGGUCUGAUGCCGCCUCUUUGUUACUUCUCCCUUGAUGGGCAGUCUGCUUCAGUCUUCUGUUCACUAUGCAUCUGUGCCUGCAGGGCUUAAAUCUGGAACCCAUAAUGUCCAGCAACGUUUAUACUACCUUUUCAUGAUGGAUUGGUUUUGACUGAAGGGAAGGAAAGAAGGAGGGGGAGAAGAAAGGGCUAGUUGGAAUUAAGAAGGAGGGAGAUAUGUUAUGGACCCCUCCUCUCUACUUCAUCGGCCUGGGUGACCCAAUCAGAAGAAGCACCAGGCCAAUUUGACUUGAGUUCCCUCCUUAACAACCCAAAAUGAGGAGUGAAAGAAAAGGAGGAAGGAUUGGAACAUUAUUCAGGAAGGCUGCUGAGUUCAGAAGCGCACACUCUGUUUGAUGCUGCUGGGAGGUGCAACUUAUUCUGCUUAUUGUGCUGGCAUUCCCACUUUGCCUUCCAUUUUGUUUGCCUUGCUUGGACUGCAUCUUAUUUCUAACAGUAGGUUGGAAUAUAUAAAAUAUCAUCAUUAACUUACAGGCACCUGGGGGUGGUUUGCAUUUGGGCAUCAUCAAAUAAGGACCAGUCCAAGUAAGAUGAAAGAAGAAGGAGCAUGCCCUGAUUCCCCUGAAGACAGCAUGGUAACUAGCGAGGAAGAGGCUGAACGCCAACAGAGUAAGGCUAUACGCAAGCGUACACCUCUGGUGGGCAAAUUAAGUGAGGGUAGAGUGCCAGUUUCACCUCCUUGCAAGCGCAGUAAGAGGAGCCCUCAUAUAGAACCCUUUGAGGAUGUACACACUCAGAGAAUCAUUGCCAAUGUGAGGGAGCGGCAACGUACCCAGUCCCUGAACGAUGCGUUUGCAGAGCUGAGGAAGAUCAUCCCUACGUUGCCAUCUGAUAAACUCAGCAAGAUACAGACCUUAAAGCUGGCUUCACGUUAUAUUGAUUUCCUGUACCAGGUCUUGCAGAGCGAUGAGUUGGACCACAAGAUUGCCAGUUGCAACUACCUUGCUCAUGAAAGGCUCAGCUAUGCCUUUUCUGUCUGGAGAAUGGAAGGUGCAUGGUCCAUGUCAGCCACUCACUGAUGCCUCAGCCUGUGCCCCUCCUGACUGCCAUUUCAGAAGACUUUUCAAGAGUGGAUUUCAAAAGGACUGCUAGAAAUGGUUAACUUUGUGGCUCCACAGUCUGAUGUUCUAACCCAACUGGAAGCAAGAUUUUUUAUUUCAAUGAUAAGAAGCUAAAACCAUUGUCAGAAGGAAUACACCCCAUGCCCAGACAACAAAAACAGUUGAAGAUUCCUAAGACACAAACUAAGUUUUAGCAAAAAUAAUGUCUUGACUUUAUCAGCUGUGCGAGUCUCAUCAAGAGCAUGGAUAUUUAGCCCUGUAAUUUGUCUAAAGCCCUGUGGAGAUUAUUUAUUCAAGAAAAGAUGAAGACCACGAAGAUUAUGAUUGAUUUUUGUUUCUUAUUUUUUGGUCUCUCAUGACCUUAUCCCUUCCAAUUUGCUAUGCACUUCUAAAUCAAGGCACUUUGUUUGUAGGACAAGCUGGCAUACCUAUUGGCCAUUUUCUCCUGCUAAUUUUUAAUGUGUUCUCAAUUUGCAGCUUUCUCAGAUAUAAUUGCUUUCAUAUCACAGUACCAUAAAGUGGGUUGCCAAAGCCAAGUGCAAAAUGCAUGGUCAGACCCCAGGAUGAAAUGGCACGUUCUUCUAUAGGGAACAGACGUUUUCUUGGUAUGCUGUUUCAUGCAUCACUUUUAAAUAUGGCACAAGCAGAGUAAUUUCUUUUGAACCAAACUUAGUAACACUCUAAAAUGAAAUCAAAGUCAUGCUCACCAAUAUGUAAUUAGUCAUAUAAGAUUAUUAGUCAUAUAAGAAUUAUCCAUAAUUCAGGUCUCUUCACAAGAUGUGUUAUGGGAUUGCAAAACAAAUACAUUAGGUUAGUGUGGCGGUAGCUGAAAAUCCAAAGAUGUAACGUCUAGGGGGAACCAAUUAGUGCACCAUGGCACAAGAAGAAUACAAGGACUAUGGAUCAAGUGACAAGCUUGACUGGACCCAGAUAAACAGGGAGGAAUGGGCGUUCUGCUGUGAAAAUCUUUUAAGUACUGUUUCUGGAAGAUGUAAAUAUAAAAAAAUAUAUAUUCUGAGCUUAAUGACUAGUACUGUCAGGUGUGACUCAUUGCAUGCAGUGUAUUUUAUUGGUUGAAGGGAUGGAGGUUGGGUUUAUAACCCUUUAUUAUGUGUCUCACUUACAAUUAACUUCUAGAGAACAUACUGGCAAUUCCGCAACGGUAUUCCCUUCGCUAAUAUAGGUCUUUGCCAAUGCCGUAGAAUGAAUAAUGCUUCUUUAUUAGACUCAAUGAAUGGUGCAAACAGUUCCUUUUACCUGUUAAACUCUUGUCUGUGGGCCUCUGAUCUACAACACAUCAUUGAGAAAAGUCUCUGCAUUGGUCAGAUUAGAAACCUUGUUUGGGGAUGUAAAAAAAUUGAAUUCCCUGUAGGUUUCCCCUCAACUCUAGAUUUUAUUUUUUUACCAUAAAUUUGCAAACCCAUCGUAACUGGGCCAUGAACUGGAAAAAGUUCUUCUAAUGACCAUUGUAUGCUAAAGACAGACCCUGAAAUGACUUCAGUAAAACUGUGUUUGACUUAUUAAUAAUGAAAAGAAAUCAUUUGGCAGAAACUGAGCCUGAGAGACAAGCGGAAUUCAGAUGAGUUUCCACCCCUAUUUAAUUUAUCUGGUAUUGUACAUUGGUCAUACCUGCAAAUUGUUACAAGAAAGAAAGGGAAGGGGAUGGAAGGUAAAGAAGGAGAAGGAAGGAAGGAAGGAAGAAAAAGAAGGAAGUAGAAGGA